AUGUCAUCGUUCCUCUCGCUAAGAAUAUCCGUCCUCGCUGUGAUCGCAGCCUACCAACUCCGCACAAGCAAUCAAGCCCUCCACACAAGCGACCAAGCCCUACAAGCAUGCAGUCACAGCAUUCACGCGUGCGAGAACGAUCUCCAAAACGUCACGCAACAGUACGCACUACUAAAAGACAAUCAUCCUAUGAAAGGGGUGCCAGUGUUGAGAGCUGAGCUAAGCAAAUGUCAGACGGAGAGGAGUAUGCUAGGGUGGUUCGAUGAUGCUUGGCGGGUGCAUGUUGAAGAGCACGGAGACAACGAUGACGACGAGUGGAGAGGGCAGAUGAUAGAUACAAUACUUGGACAGAUGAAGGAUUCGAUCUUGUCUGCUGAGAAGAAGAGGAGGGACGAGAAGAGGGAGGAGGCAGAGGGGCACGAGAGGAAGUAG